AAGCAGCAGAGUCCACUAAUCAAACGAACCAGAAUUUACCCGCACCCUAUUUAUUGUGGUCGCGACCACACAACAUUUUCAACUUCUUCUUCUCUUCCGUUUCACCACCCUUUCUUCUCCUAAAUUCGAAGAACCAAAACCAAAAACGUGAAUUCGGAGUUAUGAUUUUGGAUCUUCUUCCCGUCUUUAUAUAUAAUUUUCUGGGUUAUGUUUUUCUUCUUCUUAAUUCAUCUGACCAUUGGAUUGGUUUUCGAUUGCAGAGUCUUCAAUUGGAAUUUGGAUCGUGGGAUUUUGGAAAUGGCAUCGAAACGGAUUUUGAAGGAAUUGAAGGAUCUGCAGAAGGAUCCUCCUACUUCAUGUAGCGCAGGACCCGUUGCGGAAGACAUGUUUCAUUGGCAGGCCACUAUAAUGGGUCCAUCGGAUAGCCCUUAUUCUGGAGGAGUUUUUCUUGUAACCAUCCAUUUCCCUCCAGAUUACCCAUUUAAGCCUCCUAAGGUGGCUUUUAGGACGAAGGUGUUCCAUCCAAACAUUAACAGCAAUGGAAGCAUCUGCCUCGACAUCUUGAAGGAGCAGUGGAGUCCUGCUCUCACAAUUUCCAAGGUGCUGCUAUCGAUCUGUUCUUUGUUAACGGAUCCAAACCCAGAUGAUCCUUUGGUCCCUGAGAUAGCUCACAUGUACAAGACAGACAAGAACAAGUACGAGUCCACUGCUCGGACCUGGACCCAAAAGUAUGCCAUGGGCUGACACAAAUACUGUCCUUAAGGAAGAGCCCUAAUAAUUAAACUCUUCUUAUUUCUAUGUAAUGAUCUUUUAUAGACUUGUCUGUCUUAUAAAAUUUGUGAAGACAGGAUCAGUAAGAAAUUAUUUGAUCUCCAUUCUAUGGAAUUGUAAAACGUAAAUCAUCAUCCCGUCUGCUGUUUCUUUAUUGCGUGAUGCCGAUGCGUCUCUGUGUUUAUCAAGGCUCAUAUUAUUUUGGAUUUUAUUCUGUCCAAAGCCCAAACUAGCUACAAUCGUAAGCCUUUCCGUUUUCGUAAACAUUAUUAACUUACAUACGUAACAUUUUCAUUUUAGUAUUAUGUGGGCAAUGAUUUAUGUAAAUGGUGUAUGGGGCCUAAGAGUGAAGUUGUUCAUGAGUUAAGAUUGUGAUUGUGAUCCAUCUGGAACAAUUUAAUAAAAUGGGACAAAGGAAUUAUCACUUUGAAGUUUGACCAAUUUAAGAUUUACAAAAAAUAGUAAAACUAUUAAAAUCACCUUUUCCCCAAAUAAUAUACUCAAACG